UUCAAAUUUAAGACCAUCAUUGGAAUCCCCUGGACUUGCUGAUUACAAUGGUCCCAUUCUUUUUGUCUAUUUCCCAAAUGCUGUAGAGAUUGGAAGGAAUCAAGUCCGAUCGAGUCACGUGGGACUGCCACCGGCUGAGUCAUGCGCCAAGCCGAAGGGACCCGAAAGUGCAAGUUCAACUUCCAACGCUUCUUUCCGACCAGACUGAAAGCGAACGCCCUUUCUCACUCUCCCUCCUCUACCCCAACUUUCCCCUCAUCGACCACCCCGUCGCGAUGAUGUCCCAGUCUCUCAGAGCGUCGCGCUCGCUCCUCUCCCGCGUCUCUCGGCAGCAGGUUUCUUCUGCUGGCCGCCGCACUUUCCUGACCUCCGCCGUCCGUCAGGCCGACCCCGUUCAGGAGCUGUACCUCCGUGAACUCCGUGCCUACAAGCCCACCCCCAUCAAGGCUGGCGACGCCGACGCCCACGUCCAGAAGUUCCAGCUGCCCGCCGCGCCCCAGUCUCCCGAGGAGGCCGACCUGGCCAACCAGCUCAAGUCCUACGAGACCCAGGAAGUCGAGGUCGAGGGCCAGGCUGCCGCUGGCGAGGCCGCCCCCGUCGAGGAGAGCUGGUUCGAGGAGGAGGAGGAGGCUCCUGCCGCCCACUAGGUUUGAUGAACUUUCGCCCAUGAUCAAUGUUCCGGUUUUUGGGAAAAACCGUGGGGACGAUUUGGAGAACGGGGGGAGAUUGCGAACAUGGAAAGUAGAUCGCCAUGUUUCUUUUUCGUUUGGUUCUCGAGUCCUGAGAGGCAUUUUGUAAAUUAAACCUACUCGGAGCAUAUGAGUUUCUUCAUCUUCAAGCAG